CGACGCUCUACAACACUCUGUUCCUUGAAUAUACCAGCGUGCUUCUCCAUCCAACUCCGGAGAGGAUCAUGAGUGGCAGAGGCCUGAGCAAGGCCUUUCGCUGCGGCGAUUGUGCUUUCAAAAAUGUAACCAGUGGACCUUCACGACGGACCUUCUCGAGCUCUGCCGUCUACCAGAGACAUGGUCCCGUACCGGCAUUUACAGAAACCUCCUCCCCCGAGCUCGACGCUCUGUUGUCUAGCUUCCGCACCAAAGUCUUCCUCCCGGCGCACCUCUCAAAGGACCAGCAAGACCUUAUUUCCAAGCGCAAAUAUAUGCGAGCACUCACGGUAGAGCCAGUUAUUGCGAGGAUUGGAGAUGAAGAUUUCCGGCUGGAGCAUCUCGAUCAGUUAAUAGACUUACCGAGUACCAAAAAGGGAUUAGAUGAGGUGAUGAGUCUGAUGAAGGAUAAGAAAGACUGGAACAACAUUAUCCCACUGCUGCACGGAUUGCACAACGCUGGUAGAGUAUUGUCUGACGUAAAACUCAACAAACUCUUGAGGAGAGCUGCACUGGCGGGUCGUCUGGAUGUUAUCCUUGAGUGCGCGAGGAGGGUGUCCGAUACGGGAUUUACGUUAAAGAAUCCAGAGGUUGUUGCUGAGUUCAUGUGGAGGAUUCAAGAUAAGGCCUACCUUAAGAACUGGGAUGCGAAAGAGACCAAGCAAGCUCUUUCGUGGGCAGAGAUGGUGAGCGACAUGUUGGAGGAUGAGAGACAUGCUGGAAGCAAAACCAUUGCUGGCGAGGCGGAUCCGAGAGUUCGACCGGAGGUUACUGGAAUAAUGCUUCAACUGGCAGCUGUGAGGGCUGCAAAGCAUUUGGAUGGCAAAGAUGAAGGAGGGAAAGUUGCAGACUAUGCGGAGAGGUUAUUGAAAUUACCUGUCGACAUUGAGCGAAUCGCCACGGCCGCGGACGAAGAUAUACAUGCUGCCAAUCACCGGCUCUCCAUACUGGUGCCGAUACUGCAUGGUAUGAAAGUGGCCCAGACAGUCCUGGAUCCAGCUUCGAACAUUGCGGAGCAACUCAAAGAAAAGACGUCCAAGGUGCAGAAAUUGGUUGCUCAGAAAAGGCAAAAGCUCAUUAGUAAAGGGCAAGGAAAGACAUUCCGUGGGUUAACCACAUAUGAUAAUCUAUUGGGUAAGUCGGAGUAGAGUUAACAACAUGGAGCGGGGGAGACAUCUGUAUUUUAUGUACUAUAUAACUCAAGGAAGCACUAUAUACUUCUCCAGAUGCUUGGGUAUCGCACC